CAGUGAUGUUACUUCCGUCUUCUCGGCUUCUCUCGUCCGACUUACCGGCCAUCAAUGACGAGAUCCAUUGCUCUCGUUAGAGCGGGAGAGAUCGGUCUCCUGUUAGGUUAAUCGCGUAACAUGCUGGUCCAAAUGGCUGGUCGCAAAACGCCACCGAGUAUUCCCUUCCAGGGGGGCUAGUACAUAUAUACCUUGCAUUCAGCCAUUCACAAUCACCCGGGAUCAGACGCGAUGUCUUGUGAACAUCUACAUACAACUGCGAGCAACAUAGGAGCAAAAUGGUGCAGAUCAACAUGUUUGGGACAGGCUUUGCCCUGCAAGCCGCCAUCUGGGCAGCCUGUGGGAUGGCCUUCAUCCUCUUCGGUUACGACCAGGGUGUCUUCUCCGGAAUCGUGGAGAACGAUGACUUCCUCGCCACCAUGAACCACCCCAACGAUAGCCUCACCGGCAUCAUUGUCUCCAUCUACAACCUGGGCUGCUUCGCCGGCUGUCUCGUCAACUUCAUGCUGGCCGAACGGCUGGGACGACGCCGAGCAAUGUGGUUUGCCAUGGUCUGGGUCAUAAUCGGAGCGACGCUGCAAUGCUCCGCCUUCUCAGUCCCGCAUCUGAUGAUCGGUCGCUUCGUCACGGGCAUCGGCACGGGGAUCGAGACGUCCACAGUGCCCAUGUACCAGGCCGAACUCUGUGAGGCCAACAAGCGCGGACGGCUGGUCUGCAGCGAACCCCUCCUAGUGGGUGUGGGAAUCGUCAUCAGUUACUUCUUCGACUAUGGGAUGGGAUUCGUCGGCGGUCAAAUCGCUUGGAGACUUCCGAUUGCAUGCCAGAUGCUCUUUGCCUUUGUGGUUGUCAUCCUCGUGUUCGGGUUGCCCGAGUCUCCGAGAUAUUGCUACAAGGAAGGUCGUCGCGAAGAAGCGCUGCAAAUUCUCAGCGAUGUCUACGGUCGUCCUAAAGAUGACCCGAAGAUUCUUGCUGAGCAGGCGGGGAUUCUGGAAGCCCUUGCCGUGGAGACGCAGCAUGGGGAGUUCCAGUGGAGGAACAUCCUCAAACACGACAAGGUCUCGACAGGCCAUCGAGUGCUUCUUGCCUACGGAAUGCAAUUCAUGAACCAAGUCGGCGGCAUCAACCUCGUCGUCUAUUUCAUCCCCACCGUGCUCAACAGCAACGUCGGCCUCAGCAAGAACCUCUCCAUGAUCCUGGGCGGCUGUGUCCAGAUCAUGUUCGUGGUGGGCAGUAUAUUCCCGACCUUCUUCGUCGACCGGGUCGGUCGCCGGGCUCCCAUGAUCUGGGGUUCAUUCGGCCUUGGGAUCUGCAUGAUGAUGGUGUCCGUCCUACUCAGUUUCAAAGGUCACGCCAACGAGCACGCGACCUCUGCCGCCGCGGUGGCAUUCUUCUUCCUCUACAUGCUCAUCUUCGGUGCCUCAGUCAACUGCAUCCCAUGGUGCUAUGUCCCGGAGAUCUUGCCUCUCCAUGCGCGCGCGAAGGGGACGGCGAUCGGAGUUUCGUCCAAUUGGAUCUGGAACUUCUUCGUCGUCAUGAUUACGCCGAUCAUCAUCAACCGCCUGCAGUGGAAAGCCUACCUCAUCUUCAUGUGCACGAACUUGGCCUUUGUCCCGCUGAUUUACUUCUGCUAUCCUGAGACGGCGAACUUCACGCUGGAAGAAAUCGAUUACUUGUUCACCAAUCCGGACAAGAGCGCGGUGCAGGCGUCCAAGGAGCUUGUGAAGGAGAGGAAGAGACACCGGACCGCGCCAUCGCACGUUUUCGUCUCUCAAGUAAGCCGGGUUGUCCAGCCCGGCAAAGAAAAGGGCCAUGAGAGCAUCACGUCGAGGGUUUCAGAUGAGCAUAUCGAAGAUGCACGCGGCUAGAAGGAGAUACACAACCCGUCUGUGAUGUUUUGAAGGCGACAGGUCCUACGCCAGUGCUGCUUCGCUGGCCAUGCGCUUGCGACCGGGGUGAUACCUAACCACUAUCACCGGUAGCGACUGCAGGUAAGGUGAUAUUGGGACUACAAAGGAAUUGUUCGGGGGGGGGGGCGCAUCAGCG